CGGGGGCGGGAGGCUCGGCCACCACCAUGUCCUAUGCGCCCUUCCGGGGGUCCCGACGACCCAGCGCCGCCGCCGUCGCCGCCGCCGCCGCUGCCGCAGAUGUGCGAGGAGCCCCCCUGCACCGCACCCAGUACAUGCACUCCCCUUACGACCGGCCCUGGAACCCACGCUUCUGCAUCAUCUCCGGAAACCAGCUGCUGAUGCUGGAUGAGGAAGAGAUCCACCCGCUGCUGCUCCGCGAACGCCAGAGGGACCCCACCCGCAGCAAGCUCCUGCGCCGCACGGUCAGCGUCCCAGUGGAGGGGCGCCCCCACCCCGAGCACGAAUACCACGCCGCCCGCAACCGGCGGAAGAGCGUUCCUGGAGGGAAGCAGUACAGCAUCAACAUGGACGCCCCGCCUGCGCCGCCCUUCCGGGGCUCGCAACAGGGAUUCCUCAGCCGGCGCCUGAAGAGCUCCAUCAAGCGCACCAAGAGCCAACCCAAGCUGGACCGCACCAGCAGCUUCCGCCAGAUGCUUCCCCGGUUCCGGAGCGCUGACCAUGACAGGGCCCGUCUCAUGCAGAGCUUCAAGGAGUCCCACUCGCACGAGUCCCUGCUCAGCCCCAGCAGUGCCGCCGAGGCCCUCGAGCUCAACCUGGACGAGGACUCCAUCAUCAAGCCCGUCCACAGCAGCAUCCUCGGGCAGGAGUUCUGCUUUGAGGUCACCACGUCUUCUGGCACCAAAUGCUUCGCCUGCCGCUCUGCAGCCGAGCGCGACAAAUGGAUCGAGAACUUGCAGCGUGCGGUCAAGCCCAACAAGGACAACAGCCGUCGUGUGGACAAUGUGCUGAAGCUGUGGAUCAUCGAGGCGCGGGACCUGCCCCCCAAGAAGCGCUACUACUGCGAGCUGUGCCUGGACGACAUGCUCUACGCCCGCACCACCAGCAAGGUGCGCACGGACAACGUCUUCUGGGGGGAGCACUUCGAGUUCAACAACCUGCCGGCGGUGCGGACCAUCCGGAUCCACCUCUACAAGGACACGGACAAGAAGCGCAAGAAGGACCGCAGCAACUACGUGGGCAUGGUCAGCAUCCCCAUCGCCAGCGUGACCGGGCGCCACUUUGCCGAGCAGUGGUACCCGCUCAGCCAGCCCAGCGCCAGCAAGAGCAAGUCCGGCUGCCCGGCCGUCCGGGUCAAGAGCCGCUUCCAGACCAUGAGCAUUCUCCCCAUGGAGCUCUACAAGGAGUUUGCGGAGUACGUCACCAACAACUACCGCAUGCUCUGCGCCGUCCUGGAGCCGGUCCUCAGCGUCAAGAGCAAAGAGGAGGUGGCCUGCGCCCUCGUGCACAUCCUCCAGAGCACCGGCAAGGCCAAGGACUUCCUUUCCGACAUGGCCAUGACGGAAGUGGACCGCUUCAUGGACCGGGAGCACCUGAUCUUCCGGGAGAACACGCUGGCCACCAAAGCCAUAGAGGAGUAUCUCAAACUGAUUGGACAAAAAUACCUCAAGGACGCCAUUGGCGAGUUCAUCCGCGCUUUGUACGAGUCAGAAGAGAAUUGCGAGGUGGACCCCAUGAAGUGCUCGACGUCCACCCUGGCCGACCACCAGGCCAACCUCCGCAUGUGCUGCGAACUGGCCCUCUGCAAAGUCGUCAACUCCCACUGCGUGUUUCCGCGGGAGCUGAAGGAGGUCUUUGCCUCGUGGCGCCUGCGCUGCGCGGAGCGGGGCCGAGAGGACAUUGCGGACCGCCUGAUCAGCGCCUCCCUCUUCCUGCGCUUCCUGUGCCCGGCCAUCAUGUCCCCCAGCCUCUUUGGCCUCAUGCAGGAGUACCCCGACGAGGAGACCUCCCGCACCCUCACCCUCAUCGCCAAGGUCAUCCAGAACCUGGCCAACUUCUCCAAGUUUGGGAGCAAGGAGGAGUACAUGGCCUUCAUGAACGAGUUCCUGGAGAUGGAGUGGGCCAGCAUGCAGCAGUUCCUCUAUGAGAUCUCCAACCUGGACACGCUCACCAACAGCAGCAGCUUCGAGGGCUACAUCGACUUGGGCCGGGAGCUCUCCACCCUCCAUGCCCUCCUCUGGGAGGUCAUGCCCCAGCUCAGCAAGGAAGCCCUGAUGAAGCUCGGCCCGCUGCCCCGACUCCUCAAUGACAUCAGCCUCGCUCUCAGGAACCCCCACAUCCAGCGCCAGCCCAGCCACCAGGGCGACCGGCUCCAAGCCAAGCCCCUCAUCCUCCGCGGACCCUCCACCGAUGUCCAGUCCUCCUACAUGAUGCGCGACCUCAACAGCUCUGUCGACAUGCAGUCCUACAUGAUGCGGGGCAUCAACAGCUCUGUAGACAUGACCCGGUUGCCUUCGCCCACCAAGGAGAAGGGCUCCAAGGGGGACAUGUUCUUCGUGGCCCGGCCCCCGCUGGCCCGUUCCUCCCCGGCCUAUUGCACCAGCAGCUCGGACAUCACGGAGCCGGACCAGAAGGUGCUAAGUGUCAACAAGAGCGUCUCCAUGCUGGACCUGCAGGACAGCCGCAUGAACAGCAUCUCCAACCUCCAUAGCGUGGGUGACCUGCUCAACAGCAGUCAGGCUUCCAUCACCGCCGGCCUGGGGCUCCGGCCCAGCCGCCUCUCCCAGGGCAGCGGUUCCAGCAUCGCCGCCGGCCUCCGCCUCAGCCAGAUGGGCGUCACCACCGACGGGCUGGGCGGGGGCACCUCCUCGGCCCAGCAGCUGAGGAUACCCCUCUCCUUCCAGAACCCGCUCUUCCACAUGGCCUCUGACGGGCCGGCAGCUGGGGGCCACGGCGGGCCCCAUCACCCUCACUCGCACUCGCACCCGCACCGGCCAGCCGAGGGCAACCCGGAUGCCUCCGCCUCCACCUUCGCCCCCUUCCACGGCUACAGCAAGAGCGAGGACCUCUCUUCCGCCGCUGCCGCCGCCGCUGCUGCCUCCAACAAGCACAUCAUCCACAGCCACAGCUACAGUGACGAGUUCACCCGGCAGGGCUCCGAAUUCACCAAGCGGCAGCUCUCCCUGCAGGAAAACCUGCAGAACAUGCUCUCGCCCCCGCAGAUCACCAUCGGGCCCCAGCCCCAGCGUGCCCCCUCUGUGGCCACGGCUGGCCCCACACCCCCGCAGCCCCCUCUCCAGCGGGGCAAGUCCCAGCAGCUGACCGUCUCAGCCGCCCAGAAGCCCCGGCCCUCCAGCGGCAACCUCCUCCAGCCGGAAGUCCCCUACGGAGCCCCUCCUCGCGGGCGCCAGCAGUCGCUGGCCAAGGAGACGCCCUCCGCCCUCAAGCCAUCCCUCACCAAGCAGCAAUCACACACGCCUUCAACGCUGAACCCGGCCAUGCCGGCCUCGGAGCGGACGGUCGCCUGGGUCUCCAACAUGCCUCACCUCUCGGCCGACAUUGAGAGCUCCCACAUCGAGCGAGAGGAGUACAAGCUCAAGGAGUACUCCAAGUCCAUGGACGAGAGUCGGCUGGACCGGGUGAAGGAGUACGAGGAAGAGAUCCACUCGCUGAAGGAGCGCUUGCACAUGUCGAAUCGGAAGCUGGAGGAGUACGAGCGGCGGCUGCUGACUCAGGAGGAGCAGACGGGCAAGAUCCUGCAGCAGUACCAGCAGCGCCUGGAGCAGAGCGAGAAGCGCCUCCGGCAGCAGCAGGUGGAGAAGGACUCCCAGAUCAAGAGCAUAAUUGGCAGCCUGUCCCUGCAGGUUGAUGCUGGUGGAGGAGGAACUGCGCAGGGAUCACUCGGCCGCCCACGACGCCUCCGAAACGCGGAAGCGGCUGCUCGACGCUCAGCUGUUCACCAGGUAACUCUGUAUGACUCUGCUUUUGUCACAUGGAGGGAUCGGGGGCACCCUCGCCGUUCGGUAGCAGACCAGGAGAGGCAGCUUCCCGCCGUGGGUGCAGCAAACCUGCGUCUGAGCGCCGCUAUGGCACCCCCACCGCCCUGGAACGGGAUCCUCCCCGGGCCACCGCCUCCGCCCCCGCGACUCCAGAUCACGGAAAAUGGAGAGUUUCGCAACACCGCGUCUGAGCAGCACUAGCAACCGCCCCCCCGCCCCGACUACGACGACGGCCCACCCGGACCGCCCGCCUGACCCACCCGCCCCAAUUAGGACGGCAGCGGUGGGGCGGGGGCGGUGGCGGCAACGGUGGGGGGGCGGGGGGUGGGUGAGUGGGGCGGGGGCGGUCCACGGUCCAGACCACCGCCACCUCCACCAUCAGGCACAGGGUCCCCCCACACACACAACGUCGGGGGGCCCGGAUGCAACUUCAGGGUGUUUUAUAGCAGGACACAGACGACAAUCUUACCCCCAACCCCCUCGCUUCCAUCACCCACCGCCCGUCCGUCCGGAAGGAGAUCUCUUCCUGCCCCAGAGGCGGGAGGGGAGGGGUCCCCUCCUGCCCCUCCCUUCCCCCUCCCUUCCUCUGCCCCUCCCCAGGUAUUUCUCAGGAGUGGCCCCUUGCCCCUCCCCUCCCCUCCCAUGGUAGUGGAGGGGGGCAGGAAAGAGGUGCCCCCCACUCUCCACCACUCAGCACUUUCUGCUUUGCCUUGGGGUCAGGGGGGUAGGCUGGCCCUUGACCCCCCAGCUAGCUGCCAUGAUGGAUUGCGGGGAGGGAGCUGCUCUUCCACAUCCUGGGGGGAGCCAUGGGGGGGGGUCUGGAGGGGCAGGGGUGGGCCCUACCCUCCCUAUUUCACACCUCCAGCGCUCCAAGGCAAGGCAGUGCUUCCUCUCCCCCUGAAAUCCACUUGCGAAUGUGGGGAGGGGGCUGCCAGGCCCACUUCCUGUUCUCCCCCUCCCACCACCACCACCACCACCACAUAUCUCUGCUGCGCUCCAUUCUCCGACAAAGGGCUUUGCCUGCUCUGUACAGUGCCCCCCACCCCAGAUAUUCUCUCUCUCUCUCUCUCUCUCUUUCUUUCUGGAUUCCUCUUCCUCCUUGCUAUAGAUACUCGCUCUGUUUUUCUGGAGGGGUUAGGAAAGCAGGGUGGGGGGCAACUCUUCCCUUCUUCCCUCAGCCUCAGAGACCCCCACCCAGCCCCCAUAUUUCUGGGUGAGGGGCUUGUCGGGCUCCCACCCUUGCACCUCCCUCCUUCCCUCUCUCUCCAAAAGAAGAAGCCAUUUUUGAACUGCCCAGUUUUGUGCAGGUGCUCAGGGCGGGGGGUGGGGUGGGGUGGGGAAGGUGGGGAGGUGGGGGGAUGCUGCUGCCCCCCAGUGGCCCCCAAUGUGGGGCGGGGGAGGGAGGCGGAGGGAAAGGGGACUGGCCCCCCUCCCACUCGUGUGGUGCUUGCUCGCUCGCUCGCUCGCUUGCUCGCUCGCUGUCCGCCCGUCUGUCCGCCCGUCCGCCAGUCGGUUCGCGGGUCAGUCGUCCAGCCGGCCGGUGGUCAGUCGGUCAGUCGCUACUGCCGCCGUCGCUCGGGGUCAGGGGGGCAGGUCGUGGUCACGCUCGGUGCGUGGGUGUCGUGGGUGUUUCUCUUUCUGGCUAUUCCGGUGCCCCCUCCCCACUCGCCAUUUUAGCAGCCCCCCACCCAUCUCUCUUUUGUUUAGCGCCCCUCCCCCCUCCUUCGCUCGCUCUGUCUCGUUCUUUUCGCCCCCCUCCCCGCCCCCCCCACCCCACCCCGAUGAGGACGGUGCCUCUGGCGGCGCCGUAGAUAUUUAUACGUAUUAUUAUGAUGACAAUGAAUUAUUAUUAUUAUUAAUUAUUAUUAUUAUUAUUAUAACAUAAAAGUUUGUAUAUAUGUGAAACCUCUUCCCAGGAACCCCCACCCAUUGCCCGCCCCUGGCUGCCUGCUCCCCACAACGGCCUGCCCCCCCAGGUGUAAUUACCGCGGGAUUUGUACUGUACAUAAGAAAGAGAGCAACCUUCCUUCCUUCCUUCCUUUCUCUCUCUCUCUCUCUCUCUUCUCUCUCUGACCCAAAAGGGGAGGGGGUUCGGGGCGUGGGGGGCACGAAUCCCCCAGACUCAUAGGGAGCUCCCCAGGCUCUUCUCUCUCUUUCAAGCUCUCGAGUUUAUUUUAUGUCAAAUUUAUUUUUUUCUCUCAUUUUUUUCUGGAGUGUGUGGUGAAAACAGAAGAAAAUGUUUAAUAAAAAGCAAUUGGUCUUUUA